AUGGGCAAAGAUGCCACCACAAAAGUGUUCUUCAAAAUGAUGUUUUUUGGUGCUAAGCCGCCGAGCUUGCUGCCUUGGAGCACUCACCGCCGACAACGUCAGCAACCUUGCGACUCGGCGACGUCAGCAACCUUGCGACUCGGCGACGUCACCUCCCUUCCUCGGAGCGGUCUCCCACAGCAACGAAAUCAGUCGGAAUACCCGACUGUUCCCCGGCAGAGUCGACUCCGACGAGCGCCGAUCUCCCCACUGCUGCAGACCUUUCCACCGGCGGCAUCUUCUCGACGCCUUGACGAGCGCCGUUCUCCUCCUCGCCGUUCUUCUUCCGGCGUGCCAAGCCAAACCCGGGUCCAUUUCUUCCGCCGCUCCUUUCGUCGCUUUCCCCCUCCUCCUUCGCUGUCGGUGUCAAGGACACCAACUCCAGCUACCAUCUCCUCAGAUCAUCAUCACCAUUCGAUUCAGCCCGUCCCUCCGAUCAAAAACCAUCAAGCCUCGAUCCGAAUCAGUUCUUCGCCGAUCGAUAACCCGCGCGCCACUCGACGUCGUUCCUCCGUUGUUAGACCAGCAGCUGUUGCACCAACUCGAUCGGGUUUGCCUCGCCGUCUUAGAUCUCCAGCUCUCCAUCGCCGCGAACUCACCAUCGCCGCGAGCUCUCCAUCGCCGCGCUCUGAAUCUCUCAAGUCGCUGAAGCUUUAA